AUGGCCAAGACGUGGGCCAACGUCAAGAACCAGACGAAGACAACGAUCGAAGACAGGGAGAAGGACGAGGCAGCCCUAUGGCUGGAGCGGACUGGGUGGCUGCUGUACUUGAACAAACUAGAUCGUACCAAAUUGCUAGCAAGCAUUAAGGAGCCUAACAUAGACCCAGAGAAAGAUAAGGAGCCUGUUAAGGCUGCGAUUUAG